UAUUUAAAUACAAGACUGACUUUUGACCAGCACUUUUAAACUAAUUCGUAAAAAAAAUGAGCACUCCAAUGGAUAUUGAUCAACCAGCUGGUUCUAGAUCUAGUGGAAAAGCUAAAGAUACAGGAAAGAAACGGUUUGAAGUAAAGAAGUGGAAUGCCGUUGCUUUGUGGGCCUGGGAUAUUGUAGUUGAUAACUGUGCUAUUUGUCGAAAUCAUAUCAUGGAUCUUUGCAUUGAAUGUCAAGCAAAUCAAGCGUCUGCGACCAGUGAAGAAUGCACAGUAGCUUGGGGAAUUUGUAACCAUGCAUUUCAUUUUCAUUGCAUUUCUCGUUGGUUAAAGACCCGGCAAGUGUGUCCUUUAGAUAACAGAGAAUGGGAAUUCCAGAAAUAUGGUAGAUAACAAGUCUAAUUGAGAUAUAUUUCAUAUGAACACCUCACCUUAAUACUCAUGUCUCGGAUUAAGAAUUUUAUGUAAUAAAUAAUAAAAUUAAGUGAUACUUUGCAGGAUAUAGAGGAUUAAAUAGUGUACAAAAUCAUUUGCUAAUUAAGCUAAUUUGAAUUAGCUAGUAUUAAAUUACUCUUUUAAAUAAAAAAUUUUAUAACAAUUCAAUUCAGA